AUGGCCUGCUGCUCCACUAGCUUCUGUGGAUUUCCCACCUGCACCACCAGUGGGAACUGUGGCUCCAGCUGCUGCCAGCCCAGCUGUUGCCAGACCAGCUGCUGCCAGCCCAGCUGUUGCCAGACCAGCUGCUGCCAGCCUAGCUGCUGCCAGCCAACCUGCUGCCAGCCAACCUGCUGCCAGACCAGCUGCUGCCAGCCCAGCUGCUGUGGGACCAGCUGUGGCACUGGUGGUGGCCAGGAGGGUGGCUGCGGAGCUGUGAGCUGCCGAGUCAGGUGGUGCCGCCCUGACUGCCGCGUGGAGGACACCUGCCUGCCCCCCUGCUGCGUGGUGAGCUGCACACCCCCAACCUGCUGCCAGCUGCACCAUGCCCAGGCCCCCUGCUGCCGCCCAUCCUACUGUGGACAGUCCUGCUGCCGCCCAGCCUGCUGCUGCUACUGCUGCCAGCCCAGCUGCUGCCAGCCCACCUGCUGUGAGCCAACCUGCUGA